GGGAACUGAAAUGUAUACAGAUGAUGGAUGUUGGAUGCAAACUAAUGAAGAUGCAUUGGUUCACCUUUGUCCAUCUCCUCAUCAUGAACUUCAUAACCUUUGGAUUACCGAAUCAACUCAAAACCAUAUUCAUUUAAUAUUUCAUCGACUUAUUCGUCUAGUUCAUCACCAGUACCAGAUCCUUCAUUUCUUACUGAUAACACGACAAAUACUUCUGUUAUAUUAGAUAGUCAGUAUAAUCCAUAUUUCAACAAUACUGGAAAUUUACAUGUACCAUAUAGGUACAUGUGGGAUAAAGAAGAUGAUUAUUACCUGUAUACAUCCAAGUCUUGUUAUUGUGAAUUACAAAAAAAUGAACACGUUUCACAUAGUGAAAUCGAUUCUUUGAAUCAUUAUCAAACUAGAGAAGUUAAUGGAUGUCUCCCUCAUAAAAUAUGUGGUUGUACAGCAAAUUAUCCGUCAAUUUGUGAAAUUCACUCUACAGAUAUAAAUGCAGAGAAGUCGAGAAAGAUUACAACAGAUUAUUCAAUUCAGUCAACAAAAAUUUGUGAUUUUCCAGAAUAUAUGGUACCGGAAAAAAGUAACCAAAACUCGAAUGCAUUUAUUGAAGAUACAAAGAAUUCAAGUUGGUUUACUUUUUCUCCAUUUCUAUCAAUGAAUCCUAAAUUAGAUAAUACAUAUAAUGAAUCAUUUUCUAAAUGGUCAUUAAAUAAUUUUACAACAAUAUCAAACAAUGAAUUAUCAUCACCAUCAUCAUCAUUAUCAUUAUCAAAAACUUGUAUAGAACAUUGUUUAACUAAUAAUGAAUUUCAAUUAGAUACAAAUUUAUUUGAAUCUAAUACAAAAUCAUCAUCUAAUUCUUUAUUAUCAUUUAAUGAUCCUAAUGAAAUUAAAAUAAAUGAGAAAAAAUUAUUGAAACCUUGUCAAACAAAUUUAUUAAAUGAUCAUUUAAUAGAGAGAUCAUUAAUGGAAAAGUCAUCAUUAUCAUUAAUGAAUAAUCAUGAAAAUAAUAAUGGAAAUUUAAUGGCGGCUGCUUCUGCAGCUUUAGCUAAUCUACAUCGUCGAGGUUCUUUACAAUUGUGGCAAUUUUUAAUUGCUUUAUUAGAUGAUAAAGAAAGUCAACAUUUAAUAUGUUGGACAGGAAGAACAUUAGAAUUUAAAUUGAAUGAUCCUGAAGAGGUUGCUCGUUUAUGGGGUAUUCAAAAGAAUCGCCCUGCCAUGAAUUACGAUAAACUGAGUAGAUCUUUAAGGUACUACUACGAAAAAGGUAUAAUGCAGAAAGUGUCUGGUGAAAGAUAUGUUUAUCGAUUUGUUUAUGAACCAGAACUGUUAUUUUCUCUAGCAUUUCCUGGUGAAGAGCACUCAAACCAACAACUUAUUAGCUCUAUGACGACAACCAAAACUAAUACAGAUGAUAAAUUAUCUGAUCAAUUGAAACAACUUUCGGAUAAUCCUAUAAAUACACCAGAUAAACUUGGCACAUCCAAUAGUCACUUUUGUAUUGCAUCAAAUCAUUUCAAUAAUCAGCUGACUGGCAAUAAUACAGAAUGUAUACCUAUUAGUAAAGAAAAAUUAGGAGUUAAACGUAAGUAUAAUGAUAUAUUAAAAGGAGGAAAUGAGAAUAAUCAUUAUGAAAAAACCCAUGAAAUUCCCACUUCUACUGUAGUUACAAAUGUUAAUGACAAUCAACAAAUUCAGUUACCUGAUAAGUAUGGAUGUGGUAGUGUAUUCUUAAAUGAUGAAGGAAUGUGUUCUAAACAGAAUGUAAACAAUAACAACAUUAUCACACCAAAUCAACACUAUAAUGAAAAUAGCAAAGAUUUCUUAAUGUAUGUAUAUGGAAGUCAAAAUAAUCUCACAGAUAAAUUAAGUGACAACAGUAAUUGGCCUAAAACAGACAGUUUAUUGCAAACGAAUUCCGUAUCUGCAAUCAAUGAAUCUUUAGCAUCUCAUAUUGACUGGUUUGAUAAUCUUACAAUACAAAAAGAACAAGAACAACAACUACCAAUGUUACAUUGUACAAAUUCUGAAAACAAUCACACAAUGAAUUAUUCAUCAAAUUUUUCAAAUUAUCAUCAAUAUGAUUUAGAACAUUCUUUAUUAUCAUCGCCUAAUAUAUACGAUGAAAUUGAUAUUUGGUCAGAUAAACAAAACUAUUAUUUAUCUGAAGUGUUAAAUGAAACAUAUAAUAAAGAACAAGAGAAAUUAUUAUCAUCAUCGUCAUCAUCAUCAUCGCCGGCACUUUCAUCACAACCGCCAUUAUCUUCAUCAUCUUUUAUUUCAUCAUUGAAUGAUCGUAAUAGUAUACUGUCAACUCCACCAUCUGUAACAGUUAAUUUACAAAAUAUUUAUGAAAUUAAUUAUGGAUUAUUAACAACUAAUGAAAAAUUACCAUAUCAUCGAUUUUAAAUAUUGAUUUCAUUAUUCAAGAUUAAAUUCUCCGCUUUUUUCCUCUCUCUCUCUCUCUCUCGCUGUUCCUUUAAACAAUCCUUAAAUCAUAAAUGAAUUCAUUUUUCUCUUAGAACAUUAUGUAUAAGUUCAUUAAUGAUAAGAAUUUGUUUUAAUUCUUU